UUACUACCGAAUGAAAAUUUUCUUGAACAUCAGCGCGCAGUCAUAAACUUUCAACCAAUGACCACCAGGCAUCACAUCGGAAAACUUAGUAAAUCUAAUUGCAUUUAUUGAAGAGAUAAGACUUAAUUCUACCGGCUGUAACGAUGGGUUCUGGGAUAAGCAGUAAUACUGCAGGAUUCAUAGGGUCUGCAGUAGCGAUUGUUGGAUUUGGAAGCAACUUUGUUCCUGUAAAACACGUAGAGACGGGAGAUGGUGUGUUCUUCCAGUGGAUAAUGUGCUCAGGUAUUUGGUUUGUUGGUCUCAUGAUCAAUUUAUUCCGCUACAGUCCAAUCUUCUAUCCUCUCUCCAUGCUCGGUGGAUUCCUCUGGGCUACAGGAAACAUAAUGGUGGUGCCAAUUUUGAAGACCAUCGGACUGGGCCCAGGCUUACUGAUCUGGGCAUCAGUCAAUAUGAUAGCUGGAUGGGCCAGUGGACACUUUGGGUGGUUCGGCUUAAACAAAGAUGUGUUAACACGACCGACUCUGAAUUACAUCGGAUUUGCUUUGGCGUUUAUGAGAUUGGUGAUAUUUGUUUGGGUCAAGCCAGAUCCAGUUGGUCUAAAACAAAAGAAACUGGGUUCAUCGACCUCUGCAAGCUCAUCUAAUGACAACAAUCCUUUACUUAAUGAUGAUCAGCAUGCAGUAAAUGUAUCACAAGAAGGAAGCCAUGAAGCGAUCGAUCAGCCAUCAUCCACAGAUGCAUCAUGGGUAGACAAUCUGUCUACUUUGCAGAAGAGAAUAGUAGGCUGUGUGCUGUCGACAAUAUCUGGCGUUCUAUAUGGCUUCAACUUCAUUCCAUGUUUAUGGAUUCAGGAUAACGUCAAAGGAGCCAGUCAAGAGGGUUUAGACUAUGUAUUUGCCCAUUUCUGUGGGAUCUACGCUACUAGUACAGCCUACUUUCUCAUCUACUCUGCCUACAAGCAGAACAAGCCCCAGUACUCUCAGAGCCUUGUCCUACCUAGUCUAGUGUGUGGUGCUAUGUGGGCGGUUGCUCAGGCAGGGUGGUUUGUUGCCAAUACAAACCUCUCUGAAUCUGUGGCGUUUCCUAUCGUCACAACGGGUCCUUCUAUCCUUGCUGGCCUGUGGAGCGUGUUCUAUUUCCGAGAGAUCCGUGGACUUAAGAACUACAUCCUACUCGUCAUUGCCUUUACUGUAGCUACGGCUGGAGUUGUAUGUACCGCUUUCUCUAAAGUAUAACAGGUGCAAGCAUCUCUCCCUGAGGUACUGCCAUUGAAUUGAAAUUUCAUUGUCAUUAACUUUAUGAUAUCAAAUGGUGAAGGCAAUGUAAAGAUGUGUUUGUAACUCAUAAGUUAAAAAGAAUCAAUCAACUCUGCCAUUGACUUGCAUUUAUUUUUUUUAUUUUCUCAAUUGAUAAGAAAAAACACACAUAAGGUUAACAACUAGAUUAAUUAUACCCUUACCAUUUAAAAAAAAAUGAAAACGAAAUGUCAAAAAUUGAUACAUUCCAAUUUUUGUUUUUUGCAUGUGGCAUAAUGAAAGCUCACAUCAAGUAUUCUUUAAAGGCACUAAUUCAACCAGUCCACUUUUCAUUUUUGAGUUAUGAAAAAAGAAAGAUUUCUUUUUACAAGGGGUAUGAAUAAUUUAGUUGUUAACUUUAUUAUGUGUUCACCAAACAGUUAGGAGUACUUACCUCUACCAUUGACUUGCAAUAUUUGUUUUUAUUACCUCUGUGAUUUCAAAAAGAUAAGAUUGUACAUAGCUAUAGCUGUACUUAAUCAAAACAGGAGCAAUCAUCUCCACAAGGAUAUUGAAGUACUGCCGUUGAUAUGAGGUCAUUCUCACUAUUGCCUUUCUAUCAGUAUUAACUUACCGGUACUAAUUCUUAUUUUUGAUAAUGUGAAAUUAUUUUGUGAGGAAAAGCCAUAAUGUGUUAACAAAUUUUGUGCAUGAAUAAUCUGAAAUCUAGAUAUUGCAGCUGGUGUUAGUAAAGUGUGAUCUUUAUAUUUUCACAUUAUCUAUAAUUUUUUACUUGAAUCUGACUUUGUACAUUUUUAUAAUUGUAUGAUACAGUUUCAUUAAGCUGUUAACAAAUAUAAAUACUGUAUAGAAGUAGAACUUGUUAUAUAAUUUCAAUAUGAUUUACUGAAGUACAUAAUCAUGUGAGUAGACUAGGGCGUCAGGUUCUUUAAAUGAUCAUGUAAGUUUUCGAGAAAUAUAUAUUUUUCUAUCAAAUUCUAUAAUGUAUUGCAUAGAGCUUUUAUCCAUAAUAUUUUGUAUACUGGUAAUUUUUUUAUAUAUUUUCAAAUUUGUACUGUGGGUAUUGUAAUUAAAAUGCUAUUUAGAUCACUGGAUCAUUUAUUGAUACAUUUUGAUAUUUUUUAAAACCUAAUGUCAGACAUUUGCGAAUCAUGAAAAGGACUUUUAACUACAUGUAGAACUAAUAAGUCAUAUAAGAUGGGAUAUUUGCAAGCAAAUAUUUUGGGGGGUGGUUUAGUGG